GCCGUGCCCUUGGCCGCCGCGCUGGCCGCCGCGCUCCACACCGUGCGCCUGGCGCGCGCCGCGCACGCGCGGCUCGGGCCCGCCGUGCGGCUGCCCGAGCCCCAGGACGGCCUGAGGGCCGCCGUGGAGGGGACGCUGCGACUGGUCGAGCGCCGGGAGGCGGAGAAUGCGAAGCGGCGCCCGAGGAUACCGCUGGGCGCGGCCGGCUCUCUCUGGGACUACCGCGUCUUCCUGACCAGGGUGGCCCGCAGCGCGAGGAUGCUGAGGCGCGCCCCGCGGAUGCUGGAGCUGCGGAGUCAGAUGCUGGAGGUCGGCAGGCUGUCUCGGGCGGGCGACGAGGCCGGGGAGCUGGCAGCCCUCGAGUGCCUGGGAGACAUGCUCACGGACCUGUUCCUGGACCUGCGCGGCGUGUGGCCCAAGGCGCGGCGGCGAGCGGGGGGGGUCCGCCGAUCCCAUGGGAGGCCGUGCGUCGGGGGCUCGCGCGGAGCCACGACAGCUGCGCGCCGAAGACGGACGAGGAGGUGUGGGCCAUCCUGCGCGCGAAGGCCCCAGCCUGGGCGAGGCGCUGCACGCUGGGCGCGCGCCUGGGCACGGGCAGCAUCGGGCAGGUGCACGCGCUGCUGCCGCGGGAGGGCGCCGCGGGCACCACGGGCGGCGGCGAGGCCGUGGCCAAGAUCUCCUUCCACGAAGAGCACUGGAAGAUGAGGGAGGACUUUGCGGCGAUGGCGGCGCUGGGAAUCAACACCGGGCCGGACGAGGUGUCCACGCUGCUGCGCAGCAUAUGGCUGUUCGUGCAGGACUCGAUCCGCCAGAUCGAGGGCGAGUUCGACAUGCGGCGGGAGGCGAACUUCACCAGGUUGGGGAAGCAGAUGGUCGAGGAAGCAAAAGCCAACCUCAACGCGGUCAUGACAGAGGGCAAACCCAAGAGCUUCAUGAAGCAGCUGCUGAGCGCGAGCGAACAGGAAGCGCACAAGAGCAGGGUCAUCGACCUGGAAGCGGAGUACAAGCUACAGGGCGACGAGGACGAGGAGCUGAAGACGCAGGUCCUCGCGGCCAAGCGCGCCGCGAUCAAAGACCUGAAGGUGGGGGCGCAAGCCUACGGAGGCCAGAUCAAUGCGCGCAUCGACCAGGCGAAGGCCAAGGCAGCUGCCCAGGGGGGUCGAGCACUGCAGGACGGCUACCUACUCCUGGAGACCUACCUCAAGUUUCACGAAUCACAGCCUGUCGAGCCAGCUUUCGCAGGAAUGGGCAUCAACGCAUGCUUUACUUCAGUAAGACAACAAGCAGCGUCAGAGCGGGGCUCUCACGGCGGGGUGACUGCAAUGGUGAGGAACCACUAUCACGCCAAGCUCUUCAGGGAGAUGGCAACGAGGGGGAGUGUAUCCUACUGGGCGGCGGAUACGACAUCAGUGGCAUCGGCUGAACUCCUGAACUUCACAGACUGGGUACCAAUGCUAUGGCACAUGAAGGGCUACUCGAUCCUGGUGGUCAGCGUCUACCUCGAGUGCCACAAGCCCCUCAGGACUGGACCCAACGCGAAUCGCCUCAAGAAGCUAGGAUGGCCUGAGGCCCUUGGGACCGGUCACAUUCUCGCCCUCGGCGAGAACGCGGCCACGUGCUUCGAGAAGGACGCGACGCCCUCGCCAAUUGAUUACUUCGUGGUAAGCCUAGCGGCGAGACAACACAUCCGCUCGCUGGCGCCAGUAAGUGAUAUACCAUGGAGGCCACAUAUCGGACAGGUACUUGCGCUGAAGGGCGAGCUGCAGAUGAACGUGCAACGGCAACUCCAGAUGCCGCAACCCGUCCAGCACCCGCGCCUUCCGCAGAAGGCCCCGGACCUGACAGGGGUGGCCGACAAAGCACCGCGGGAAGCACUAGAUUCCAUGCGCCAUGACCAACGAAGCAGCGGACGUGACUACACGCACUGGCUGACCAACAUCUGCGACAACGGCGCCAUGCACAGAAUGACGAAACCCAGCAACUGCCGCGAGGACGAGAUGACCGACGGCAGGGUCCACCUUCGAGAGACUCGACCUCAAGGAUCCGACCUGAGACUUGACGGGGGCAGCAGGUCUACGGAGUCCUGCCACGCGAGCGACUACAAACACGACGACGCAACGCCAAAGCACGCCGACGAGCUGGGCCAGGAUGGCAGCAUCGGCGACAUCAUAUUUCUGCUAUGGGAACUAGGUUGGGACCCGCAACGCGCGGAUUACUGGGUCGACCCACUGGGCGACGCAUGGCAGCGAUCUGGCGACGACGCCAACGGAGACCCGACCGACGUACUGGGCGCGUCACGCAACAAGUGGAGCUACGCGAAUGAAAAGAAAAAACAGCCAGCCAGCACCACAACGGCAACGGCCUCGAGCACGGAGCUGAUUGAAGCGCAGGAUCUCGCCAGCCACCUCGACCACCUCCAGAAGCGCGGCAAGAAGGAGCGCAUCAUCUACCAGCGCGCGGACCACCUCAAGGAGCGGGCGAAGGAAGGCGCGGAUGGGGAUGGGUACGCAUGCAAGGGGCAGGAGUACGAGCAGCAGCACGGGGGCCACUACCUGGGCCGAGGCAGACCAACCGAGAGAACGCAAGACAAUUUGAAGUACCUGAAUUGGCAUGGAUCGGGAGCAGAGAAGCAGACCUACGAGCUGAUCGAGCCGCUGGCGAGCACGCACUACCAGCAGAGGGGCGGGACGGCCAUGGCCUAUCGCAGGGAGGCGUUUUUUGCAGAGCUCCCCGCGGACGAGUUCACGCCCUGGGAGGCGGCCAUCCGCGAGGCGCUGCUGGGCGUGUUCAGACACAGGUCAGGCCCCGACCCCGGAGCAGAACCCGCACCGACAGCCACAGUGGCGCACCCACCAGAGCGCAGGGCGCCUUCAUAUUACCGCAGCCUGCGACGCCUGCCCGAGGUCGGCCCGAUGGUCCUCUUCUACGGCUGCCGCCACGAGAGGGAGGAGUUCUUCUACAAGGAGGAGUGGGAGCUGUACAAGAAGAGCGGCGUGCUCACGGAGAUUGUGUGCGCGUUCUCGCACGACAAGCCGCACUACCCCCCCAAGAUGGUGUUCGUCAACCAGAAGAUGGAGGAGAAUCUCGGCAUGAUCGGCAAGUACAUGGGUCAGCUCGGUGGCUACUUCUACAUGUGCGGGCUGGCGGUGGCGGCUCCUGGUAUCGAGACGGCUCUGAAGAAGGCCAUGAUCGGGGCCGGCGUCGUGAAGGAAGCCCAAGCCGACACCUGGAUCGAGGACCUGAAAAAGUCGGGCCGUUACAGCAUGGAGUCGUACUGAGUGUUGGGCAGGCGGCUCGGCCGCAUGGCUCAGUGUACUCAGUGUGGGGCGGGCAACUUGGCCGCAUGGCGUAGCGAUCGAUAAGCGUGCAAUGGGGAUCUAUGGGCUGUGGUAUGCCCGUGUGCGGUCCACCACAGUCCUCCAGUCCUCGGCGUUAGGCAGCGCUGCGGAAUUUAGCCUCAGCGCGUGCCUGUUCUAGGGAAACUUUUGUAGUGUAGCCUCCUACUUCGUCCCGUGUGCCAUCCCAUUGACUAACAGUGAAGUGACUUUCUGUCCUCUUGUAUCCUCUUCUCGCCCAUACCUAAGUGAUCCAGUCCGUAAGCGACAUUUACCGCCUUAGGCUUGGGCGGCCUUUGUAUUUUCCACGCGCGUGAUGAUCGAAGCUUUCCUCAGCAGGUGGCUGGAGGCCGGGGUGAUUUCAAUUUUGGGCACCGUUGCUUGUGGACCAUGCCAAAUCAGAGUCUUGGGGUUACUGUGGCAGUUCUUCGGAGAAAAGCGUUUUUUUUCUCCCGUAGCCGUGCCAGAUCAAGUGCAACAGUGGCCCAUGAAGCUUGUCGUGGGGCUCGGCACCAGGGUUUCGCGAGGUGUGCACCCGAA